CUUAAAUAUUUGGUGAUCGUUAUCUACUACACCGACGGUCCCUUUUUUUGCACGACCACGGCUCCUUAAUUUUUUCACAGCUUCUGUCAUUCAUCGUUUUCUCUUCAACCCACCAUUUUCUUCCUUUGAUGCCUUCCUGUAGAUUUGUGAGGCGGCGAUGAAUGAGGAGUGCCUUUGAGGAGCAUAGUUGUUUCGAGUCGCUUCGUCGGUGAAAACAGUAUACCGGAGGUGCUUCGUCGGCGUUGAAGGCGACCGGUGUUGGCCAAGUCGGUCCGUGGAAGUGGUCCACCUUUGAGGAGCAUUGCUGUUCCGAGUCGCUGACCCCUCCAACGUUUCGUCAAAUUUGAAAGGGGCUUCAAGGUCGGCUUGCGAAUUCCAGUUUUUGGUUUCACCAUCGAAGCCCUAGAAACAACCUGUUUCAUCUCUGGAAACGCUAGACGACCAUCACCGCAGCCUCCACAGCUCGCUAUGGAGAUUCCUCUGUUGGUGGUUACCAGAUGCUUCCAUUUGCUAAACUAGGACCAAGCUUGCAUCUUCUUUACCGAUUCCAACUGUCAUCUCCACCAUCGCUCCUACACCUUUGUUCGUCCAGAAAAACGCAACAACGAUUAUCUGGUGUACAUCGUAAGAGGUUUCUCUUCAAUUGAUGGAAACCCGGUCGCAUGCCACACACCUUCUCGCCACUUUGUUAACAAUCGUCGCCUCUCACAAGCAUGCCUCCAAUUCAGAUUGUAAAUCAAGUGGCUUUGAAAACACUGAUAGUUAUCCAUAGGACACUAAGGGAAGGUGAUACAACUUUCAGGGAAGAACUUGUAAAUUUCCAACAAAGAGGGCGUGUUCUUCAACUAGCUAAUUUCAAAGAUGAUUCAAGCCCUAUUGGUUGGGAUUGUUCUGUUUGGGUGCGUACAUAUGGCCUUUUCUUAGAAGAAAGACUUGAAUGUUUUAGAGUUUUUAAAUAUGAUAUUGAAGCUGAAAAAAUCCCAACAUUUGCUCAAGGUCAAGAAAAUAAGGGUUAUAGCAGAACAAGGGAUUUACAAAGUGAAGAACUAUUGAAACAACUUCCUGCUUUACAACAACUGCUAUAUCGACUUAUGGGAUGCAGGCUAAGGUUACAGACCUUAUUCAUUCUCCCCUUGGGCAAUUACCACUAACCAUUGAAGACCGUAUGCAAACAUUCUCAACAUACAGGAACAAGAAAACAAAGAGGAAUUUUGGCAGAAAAAUCAAGGAAACGAAUGAGAAGAAAUUGAAGCUUUGAAAAGGCAUCAAAUGACACUUUUGGUCAACUGGAAGAGACAAAAAGUGGAUAGGAUUACUGGUGAAUGUACCAAAUGAGCAGUAUUGGAAUCCGGUUAUACCCAGCGGAAGUUCUUGGACUCCGAUGAUUCCAGGGAAACUGAUCUAUCAAAGAUCAAAUUUUAUCAAAACCGUAUUGCACAAAGGAACUUGAACCCCUAAAAAAUCAGCAAUCCCUUACAUUUAAUUUGGACAUGAUUUUGAAGAGCAUUUACGCAUUUACGCAAACUUGAUCCAACCCGGCGCCAACGCCAACGCCGCAAGUAAACGUUAAGCUGAAGAACCAUCAAGAAUAUUUUGGGAUGUCUUUUAUGCACGUGUCAAUUAUCGUACAAUUUAUGUUUUCGAAUUAUGUAAUGUUAAACAAUGUAGUUGAUGUGAACAAUGCAAGUUGUAAUAUGUAAUGUUGGUGA